GGACGAGAAAGAGAAAAAAAAAAAGAGCAGGAGGACCAGGUUCCUUAAGUUUAAGUGGACAUUUAUGGUUUUCUUGAAUUCAAGAGAAAAGAAUGUCACAGAGCUCCAAGCAGCAAUCUACCAGCCUUCUGAAUGCUGCAAGUAAAACUCAACAUGGGAACUUCCUAGUGGCUAUUAAGCAGGAGAAAGGCGAGGCCCCUCGGUUAAUUGGGGAGAAGCCCCAUGGCGAAGAGGAGCCGGUGAAAAAGCGGGGCUGGCCGAAAGGCAAGAAGAGGAAGAAAAUCCUUCCAAAUGGACCGAAGGCCCCUGUGACAGGCUACGUCCGCUUUCUAAAUGAACGACGGGAACAAAUUCGCAUGCAGCGCCCGGAUUUGCCCUUCCCAGAGAUCACAAAAAUGUUGGGAGCAGAGUGGAGUAAACUACAGCCCACGGAAAAGCAGCGCUAUCUGGAUGAGGCUGAGCGGGAGAAGCAGCAAUACAUGAAGGAGCUGAGGGAAUACCAGCAAUCAGAAGCUUACAAGCUGUGUGCUGAGAAGAUGCAAGAGAAGAAAAUUAAGAAAGAGGAUGCUGGUGCUGGAACUGUGAAUACAUUGCUCAAUGGAUACAAGACUGGAGAAAGUGGCAGUGAUGGCUUCUCAACAUUUGAUGUCCCUAUUUUUACAGAGGAAUUCUUAGACCAGAACAAAGCCAGGGAAGCAGAGCUGCGGAGACUGCGUAAGAUGAACACAGAGUUCGAGGAGCAGAAUGCCAUCCUGCAGAAGCACACAGAGAGCAUGAGCUGCGCCAAGGAGCGCCUAGAGCAGGAGCUUGCACUGGAGGAGAGGCAGACAAUGGCGUUGCAGCAACAGCUCCAGAUGGUGCGCCAAGCUCUGACAGCCAGUUUUGCCAGCCUUCCCAUUCCAGGUACUGGAGAGUGUUAG